GUAUUGCAUUUACCGUUAACAUUGUCAUGACAGUCAGCAUCUAGUGUUUUUGCUAUCAGCAAUAACCAUAAUGUUUUGAUGCACACACAACAGGAAAUUUGAGAUCAGAUAGGUCCUUAGACACUGUUGAUCUCCUGGUGAAGCUGUGAGUCUUGCAUAUCAGUUAAAUGGUCGGGGGGAUUAGUCAUUUUCCCACCUUGUCAAACUACACCAAUCUGAAGAGGCUCUUGUGGGGUUGAUGGCAGGGAGUAUAAAUAGUAACGAAAGCUAUUUAUAAGACACAGGAACAGACACAGGAGGGAAGCAGCAGUCUUUAUCAGAAGAUCUGACUGAUAAGUUUCUUAUCCGGUUUUAAUUUGGCUUUAAUUUUUGACAAGUCGCUGGAUGAGAUGAAUUGCUUGAGCAGGAAGCCCAGGUCAUAUCUGGUGAACUCCUACAGUGAUUUUCAGGAGACUGAUGAGAUUGCCAGAGAAUCAUAUGAGGCCACCUGGUUAGACCUGCUGAUGGAGACAAGACCAGAAUACAAGAUGACACUUGUUGAAAAGGACUCGAGGAGAAAGGAGAGCUAUGAAAGCAAGCAGGUGGUUCAUUUCACAGUGAGACGCUUCCUAAACCAAACGAUUCACAUGGGGAGAGAUGGGGAGCCACUGCAGGAAUAUUGUCUACCUUACAGAAACAUACUUCCAAUACCAAUAUUUGUGCCCAAAGAUGUCACACAGCCUGACAUUACCCGUGAGCCCUCUCCCUGCAAAACAAAAUCCACCAUGGACUCUGAGACUAGUUUAAAUGGAGUUUGCCUUCAGAAGAGAGAGGUCUCGUCCAUCACUGAACAUAAGCCAAUGGUAAUCCAACCCAGGAGUCCAGCCUUCAGAGCGUCCAGCCUCAUCUCUCCCCCACGAGACACACUCAGCUACCAGCGAAGAGAAUGAUGAGCUGAUGAAAGUUGUCUGCCAUCAUUGACACGGAUACAAUGACAAGUGUGGUGGGUGACCUCACUCAUACUUAAAUACCAAAGCCUUCAAGAGCCCCAUAUGCUCAUGCUUUUCAGCUGAGACUACCAGGGAAACCUUAUCAAAUGAAAAUGAUGUGCUUCAAGUAUUAAUUUACUAAUUCCACUUGGUGUGCUAACACAAAAACAUUAUUCAUUUUCUAAAUGUGGCUUAAGUGUCCAAAUACAUUUAGUAAUGGUCUUAAACCUGAAUAUUCAAAAAUAAAUCUAAUUUUUGAUUGUAAUCUAUAUUUGAUUAUAAAGGAGCUGUUGAUCUGUUUCUCAGCAGGUUUACAAUGAACUGCAGGAAAGACAUCUCUCCUGGACAAUCAUCAUCUGUUCAAAACAGCUAGUUCUUGGAAAUAAACACUUUCUUGCCUGUAAAUCUCAUUUAUAUGUAUUUAUGAAAUCAUGGCAAACAAUAAUAAUAAAAAAAAAAACCUUAGUCAAUCAAACUGUAAUAUAUUCUUUCUUGUCAGAACACAUUUAUUACACAUGUCAGGAACAUAAUUUUUAUGUUUGUGGUACAUAUUAGUAAAAUGAAUAAUUAUUAUUCUAUUAAAGUUCAUCAGUAAUGCAACAAAUAUGAAAUCAUCCGAUUCUU